AGCCCUCGGUAUCCAGCAUGGCGGCCGCCGGGGCCGCAGCCACAGACUUAGAGGUGGUCCGAGGCAAGCGCGCCGCCCUCUUUUUUGCUGCCGUGGCCAUCGUGCUGGGGCUGCCGCUCUGGUGGAAGACCACGGAGACCUACCGGGCCUCGUUGCCCUACUCCGAGAUCAGUGGGCUGAAUGCCCUGCAGCUCCGGCUCAUGGUGCCUGUCAGUGUCGUGUUUACCCGAGAGUCAGUGCCGCUGGACGAUCAAGAGAAGCUGCCCUUCACCGUUGUGCAUGAGAGAGAGAUCCCUCUGAAAUACAAAAUGGAAAUCAAAUGCCGCUUCCAGAAGGCCUAUCGGAGGGCUUUGGACUAUGAGGAAAAGGCCUUGUCAAUGGGCAGUAUGCAAGAGGCAGAAACCAUGUUAGCUGAGCCACAGGAGCAAGCAGAGGGCUCCCUGACUGUGUACGUGAUCUCUGAACACUCCUCACUUCUCCCCCAGGACAUGAUGAGCUACAUUGGGCCUAAGAGGACAGCAGUGGUGAGGGGAAUAAUGCACCGGGAGGCUUUUAACAUCAUUGGCCGCCGCAUAAUCCAAGUAGCCCAGGCCAUGUCUCUGACUGAGGACGUGCUGGCUGCGGCACUGGCUGACCACCUUCCAGAGGACAAGUGGAGCUCUGAUAAGAGGCGGCCUCUCAAGUCCAGCUUGGGCUAUGAGAUCACCUUCAGUUUGCUCAACCCAGACCCCAAGUCCCAUGACGUCCACUGGGACAUCAAGGGAGCUGUCCGGCGCUAUGUGCAGCCCUUUCUGAAUGCCCUCAGUGUCGCUGGCAACUUCUCUGUGGAUUCUCAGAUCCUUUAUUAUGCAGUGUUGGGGGUAAACCCCCGCUUUGACCCAGCUUCCUCUAGCUACUACUUGGCCGCACACAGCCUCCCCCAUGUCAUCAAUCCCGUGGAGUCCCGUCUAGGAUCCAGCGCUGCCUCCCUUUACCCUGUGCUCAACUUUCUACUCUAUGUACCUGAGCUCGCACACUCUCCCCUGUACAUUCAGGACAAGGAUGGGGCUCCAGUGGCCACCAACGCCUUCCACAGUCCCCGCUGGGGUGGCAUUAUGGUAUAUAAUGUGGACCCCAAAGCCUACAAUGCCUCGGAGCUGCCGGUGCGUGUGGAGGUGGACAUGGUGCGAGUGAUGGAGGUGUUCCUGGCUCAGUUGCGGCUGCUCUUUGGGAUUGCUCAGCCCCAGGUACCUCCAAAAUGCCUGUUUUCCAGGCCUAAGAGUGAAGGGCUGAUGACUUGGGAGCUAGACCGGCUGCUCUGGGCUCGGUCGGUGGAGAAUCUGGCCACAGCCACCACCACUCUCACUUCCCUGGCCCAGCUUCUGGGCAAGAUCAGCAACAUUGUCAUUAAGGAUGAUGUGGCAUCUGAGGUGUACAGGGCUGUAGCUGCAGUCCAGAAGGCAGCGGAGGAGUUGGCCUCUGGACACCUGGCCUCUGCCUUUGUUGCCAGCCAGGAAGCUGUGACAUCCUCGGAGCGUGCCUUUUUUGAUCCCUCGCUCCUCCAUCUCCUUUAUUUCCCGGAUGACCAGAAGUUUGCCAUCUAUAUCCCGCUUUUCCUGCCCAUGGCUGUGCCCAUCCUCCUGUCUCUGGUCAAGAUCUUCCUGGAGAGUCGCAAGUCCUGGAAAAAGCCAGAGAAGAUAGACUGAGCAGGAGAGCCUCUCAGUAGGAAGCCUUCCUUUCUGGCAAGGUGGGAGGUGUUAGGUUGAGAGGCACGUAAAUGCGGCCUGCCAUGAAGAUCUGUCUCCAGCCUCCUCUGUUGCCUCUCCAGCAACCAAAGCGUAACACUCCACGAUGGGUUCAUCUUUCCUUCUCUUCCCAUUCCUCUGGCUCAGGGGUCCUACCUCCAUCUUCAAAAGAUGCAUCAUCUGGGUCUCCUUAUCUGGCUUGAACUUGAAGAAGGUUCUUUCCUAUCCCUCUGGGAUAAGGGCAGCUUGUGCUUCUGUCCUGCUUCUCACAGUCCUCUUGCACUGAGAGGGAGCAUUAGGGAAAGCCCCAGGUUGUUUUCUAGCCCCUUCCCCUCCACGCUUCUCUCUACCUUUCAGGGAGAGCCCCAGCACUGCUCUUAUGGAAGGGGCCAGGCACAGGUCGCCUCUGGGGUCUUCUCCUUUACUCCCUUCCCUCCUGUCUAGCUAUGCCUGUUGGGCACAGCCUGAUGCUGUGUGGCAGAGGCCCCCUUCACCCUUCCACAGAGGCAGUGUGGUGCAGUGGAGAAAGUUCCAGACUUGGGAUCAAACCUGCCUGAAUUCAAACCCUGGUUUCUGUACUUAUCAUAUGGGGAGUGCUGAAUAAGCUACUUAAUCUCUCUGAGCCUCAGUUUUUCAUUUGUUAAAGUAACACCAAUGAUACCUCCCUUACAAGGUGGUUGUAAGGAUUAAAUGUGAUAAGCAUUUGAAAGCGAUAUAUUCUAGGCUCUCAAUAAACAUUGAAUGUGAAUUGGAAUUAUAUGAAGUAUGAGCAUAGCUUUUGUUCCUCAUUCAUGUGUAAGUGAUGGUUUCCUAGUAUCUAUUCACAGGGUCACGUUGCUUUCACCUGGCCAUGUGUCCUUCCUGCCUCCCUGUCCUGGAGGGCCCUGUGGUGACUUAGUGAGCUAGACAGUUGUCCCUCGGCAUGAUCGGGUUUGCCCAACAAGUCUGUUAACAUCUACUUCUGCUUUUUUAGCAAGGGGUCUGGGAGGGAAUGGCUUGUACCAGUGUAAGACCUCUGAUACUAACUCAUAAAUUUAAAAAAAAAAAAAAAAUAUAUAUAUAUAUAUAUAUAUAUAUAUAUAUAUAUAUAUAGUGCCCUGGCUGGGUAGCUCAGUUGGUUAGAGUGUUGUUCCAAUAUGCCAAGGUUGAGGGUUUGAUUCCCCCAACAGGCCAUGUACAGGAAUCAAUCAGUGAAUGCAUAAAUAAAAAAUUUGUUGGAGCAACAAA